UGUGAUUGUAUGAUUUUAACAUUGGGGGGAGGGGGAGGGGGAGAAAGAAAAAAGAAAAAGUCCAGCUUUCCGAACGGGCAUGUGAGUGAGUGGCAUAUGAGCCCUCCUUCUGUGCCGCCGGCCAGCUGCGUGCUUUCUGCGGAAGAUAAUUUAAAGUGAUUUAACUUUAACCGGGGCGGUGCGGUGCUGACAGGCGGCCGCUCCCCUUCCCGCUCCCUUCCCGGUGCUGGCACGGGAAGGCCGCGAGAGGGACGAGGACGAGGAAUAAUGAAGUUGAUCCGGCACUCUGUUUGGAGAUUAUUCGGACUGCUGUUGACAUCGUUGGCUGCUUGGUAUUUGGGGUACUUUGUUGCUGCUCAUGUACCCCAAAACACAGUAUCUAUUGCUGUACUUCAAGAGAUGGGAAAGAAACCAGUGUUGAGGGCCCCAGCCCCCAAAAGGCAGAAGUGUGACCACUGGUCUCCCUGCCCGCCUGGGAACUUUGCCUAUCGCAUCCUCAGCGGCGGUGGCAAACAGAGGAGGGCUAAAAUUUGUUUUGAGGAUGAGCAGCUUGUAAGUGAAGGGAAUGAUGAUGCUGGAAGUGGUAUAAACAUUGCCAUUGUGAAUUAUAAAACAGGAAAAGCUAUAUCGACAAAAUUUUUUGAAAUGUGGACAGGAGACCACUCAAGUGAGAUGACGGAUUUUGUCAGGAAUGCACCAGAAGAGACCCUCCUUCUGAUGGCCACUCACGAUGAUGGAAGCACCAAGUUGAAAGAUGACGCCAAAAAAUUAGUAGAAGAACUGGGAAGUACAGAAAUAAAGAAUAUAAAGUUCAGGUCAAGCUGGGUUUUUAUAGCUGCCAAAGGCUUCAAGCUGCCAGAUAAUCUCCAAAAAGAAAAGAUAAACCACUCUGACCAGAAGAAGAACAGAUACAAUGGCUGGCCAGCCGAAAUCCAAAUAGAAGGCUGUAUCCCAAGAAACCUGAUCUGAACAAAUGCAUACCUCAUUAAUAAAGACAAUUCUAUAUUUUUA